CACACAUGUUCCAAAGUUGUCAGCUAUCUACAACGAUUAUGUCGGCCAAGUUGACGUAACUACUGAUGCUUACCAAUCUUGCCAAGAUCCCACUCUUCAUAAGAGUAGGUGCCAAUCAUCAUUGUCCUUACGUGCUCACUUUAUUUACUUCAUCUAUCGAGCAAAUAAUUCGAAUUGUCGUUUUGCACCUCAUACUAGGAUUUUCUUACAGAUGCCGACAAAGUCUACCGCUUGCUCAAUCAUCUUGAUAGCCCCUCGGCCUCACAGGCCUUUCACCGCCUACUAUUGUCUAGAAUGCUACCUUCAAUCCACACUCAUUACCCAUGGACCUGUCGGCCUCUGAUGGCAAAUGCCCCAAUGGCUGACUUUGCCGGAUCUCGUCUCGCCACAGCCGUGACAAUAGCAGGAGGAGUAGGCUUUAUUGGCGCCGCAGUCGAUAUGGAGCUAUUAUCUAUGCAACUUGAGGAAGCCACAUCCGUCCUAGCUACCUCGCAUUUGAGCACCACGAGACCGACCCUACCAAUUGGCGUCGGGUUCCUGGUUUUCGCAGCUAAGGUUGAGGAUGCAGCAGCUGUCGUGGCGCACCACCGCCCCGCCAUCAUUUUGCUCUCGUGCCCUCCCGCGCCGCAGGACUUCGCCCUCUGGACAAAAGCAAUGCAUGUCGCGUCCCCGAAAUCACAUAUCUGGAUUCAGAUUGCGGGUGUUGCUGCAGCGGUCGAAGUAGCUCAGCUCUGUUCCCCCGACGCCUUGGUCUUGCAAGCCGCGGAUGCAGGUGGGCACGGUGGCUUACCUGGCGCAGGGCUGGUCAGCCUCGUCCCCGAAGCGCGUAGCGCGUUGGAUACGGCUGGAUUCCCAGACAUUCCCAUCAUUGGUGCAGGAGGCAUCAGCGAUGGAAGAGGUGUGGCCGCAGCGCUAGCAUGUGGCGCCGAGGGCGUGUUGCUGGGAACGGUAUUUCUGGCUAGUCGAGAAGUGGAUCUUUCAGCCAACGAGUAUCAGGAGGCAAUUCUGGAGGCUGUGGAUGGCGGAAUAAGCACAGUUCGUGCCACUAUUUUCGACCAGUUGCCAGGUGAGAGUAUCUGGCCUGCUGGCUACGAUGGCCGAGCUCUUGUCAACACAAGUUAUAAAGAUUAUCAAGGUGGCGUGGGAGUGGAAGAGCUGAGGAGGAGGCACGCAGAUGCUGUCACGGGUCCGGAUAAGGGCUUUGGAGGCGAGCGGCGAGCGGCUAUAUGGGCAGGUUCUGGAGUUGGCCUGCUAAAAGAGGUGAAGGCGGCUGGAGAUAUUGUUCAAGUGCUGAGGGAAGGCUGUAAGGUGGCUUUAGAUAGGGCAUAUUCAAGGCUGUAGGUUGCUACCACCGUAAUUGUAUCUCCAAAUGAUUUAGCGUAACGCAGUUCAUAAGCAAUCUGUACAUUUGAC